AUACAUAAAAAAAUUUUCUGUAAACUUUACGACCAAUUUUUUACUAAGCAAUUUUACCUUUUCGCACAUGUCAAUUUAUAUAUAAAUAUUAAAAGAAAAACUUAAAAAAAUACAAAAAAAUGACUACCUGCACCUUUCUCUUUGACAUAAUUGUGACAAAUAUAAGGUCACCCAGUGUGAAUACUAAAGAUCUCGAAGGACUGGUAGUUGAGGUCAAGUUUAAUAAUGUAUCCAUACCAUUAACUGCGAGCAGGAUCAAUGUUACGGAUAUCAAACCCAACUCUGAGACUGCGGUCACUGUGAACCCGACAGAUCUCCGCCAAACUCUCGAAGAAUGUGGAAUACCUAUAUCUGUGAUGUACAACGGUCUUCUUCUCGGCACUGGACAAAUACGUUUUCGUGAAGAUGUCAUCAAGAGAAUAGAGGAUACCAUGAGUGAGCUGAUACAAGUUGGUUCGUGCACAUUUGAACGGAAUGGCGAAGUUACUGGCUCGCUUGAGGUGCUCUACCGGCUGGUCGUGAAAUGUGAGGAACAGAUAGUUGUUCAUAAUAGUUUCAAAGACAAAAGCAUCAAAGAAGAGGAUAUCUUAUUUAUUGUGAGCGAGUCCCAGAGAUGUCCCGUUGUCUGCGAUCCUUGCCUUGAUGCAUUUGAAGAUGCUGAGUACCUGAAAUUUGGUAAACAAAACUUUGGGAAUUUGAAUGUCAAUGACCUUAAGCCUUCGGUAACAUUUCUUCACAACCCAGCUGGCAACGCCGCAUGUUGUGAGAUGAAGAAAAUGGCACAGGACUGUGAGGAGACAGUUGACUUAAUCACGGAGCUCUCUGGCCAGCCAAAGGAUUUAAAGCCGCCUUGCCGAAUGACACCCAAUUUAAGCGUUCCUAGUCACUACCAUCAGAAGGAAAGUACUAAUCUACCAUGUUUCGCCCACAUACCAGAGCCAGAUGGUAAAAACAAAGAUGCCUAUGAUCCGGCACGGAUAACCAGAACGAUCAGUCCCACGAAAAAAUAUGCAAGACGCUCCUGUCCCGAUUGCCAGGCCAAUAUGACAUGGCUGCCACCACUAGCCGCCUGCCCGAAAUGCGGAGUAAAACCAAUGCCAGUUGUUGGAGCACUCAACAAGCAGCCAGCAGCGGACGAAAUACUGAUAGAUUUUUUGGGCAAGUCCCCAGAUACUCUUAUGGACGUCUGCGCGGAUUUCAGUGAUAAGGCAGGUACGAACGACGUGAAAGAAAAAAGAUGUCGGUGCACCUGCAAGUUCGGAAAACUCUGUGCCUAUUGUCGAGUAUGUAAAAUGUGUGCAGAUUUUUAUCAGACUAAGGAAAAACCGGUUUCCGAGAAAGCCGAGGAAGAUAUCUCUAAGGCUUUUUGUGGGUCGAACGAGGAUUCAGAUGUGUUUCGCCCAUUUCUAUCACGUGUAUUCUCCGAAUUAGUUAUUCUAAAUUAUAUCAAAACCGUAAAACCAUCUGAGAUCGAGGAGCCAAAAUCAACCCCGAGAUGGAUUAAAAAAAACGGCCAAUACAUAAUUAAGAAGAAUUCGAUCUCAAUCGCCGAGCGUAGAGAUCUGACCAGGCAAAAAAUUGCAAGAGAAGCUGUGAAAAAGUCCAUGCGAUCUAUCUCGCCCCGUCACGGAUGGGAUUGGUCCUCCAGCGAAGAGGCACGUAAGCAUGGCUGGCGACCAGGCUUCAUUCGCAAGCCGAUUACAAAGCUUAUGAAGUUUUUUUUGAAACACUCGCCAGAGAAUGGUGCCUUCAAUAAAUGCCAGACAGCGAGAGAAGCAGAAAUGGAAAAGGAACGCCAGUGGCCCAUUCUCAGCUUGCGCAAGAAAAAUGGCGAAAUCUUCAUAGCACUGCGGCCACUCAAUAAUACAAAUGUCGAUAUGAAGCCCAUUGUAUUUAAGCUGGUCAAAAGCGAUCUUGCCGUAGCUUUAAGAGAGAUCAAGAAGAAGUUGAAAGGGAAAGGUUUCCGCAAGUGCACUUGCCAUCAGACGUUAAUGAUGUGUGUAUGCCGCGACAACUUCGAGAAGAAGUGCCUCGAGACCGUACUGCAAAAGGAGUGCAAGCGCCGUGGCAUCGAGAAUUGCGGAGAUCAUCUGGUGCUCACAGACACCAGUGAGAGCGAAAUGGACUUUAAUUUCGAUGUGAGCCCGCCGGCGGCCAUGGCGAAUCGUGACCUGCCACCUAAGCGCCGCAUCUUUAACAACGGCACCCAAACGGCCAAAGCUGAUUUAGCGGUGCCACCAGAACAUCCAAGCAAGCACCGUCCCAACUGGCGCGCUUAUGAUUGUGGUGCGAGUGGGCGAUACGCAGGCACUGCAUUUGGUGCACCCGCUGAAGAAGUAUUUGAGGACGGGGUCUUUGGAUAUAGGGGCGGUGGGCCACACGGUACGGCAGACGUCCCGCAUGACAGUUCUAAAGGGGGCCCUAUGCGCGUAGGUGGACGUGGCCGUGAAUGGGGCACUCCUGGCGGCGAGGCGUUCCCCUAUGGUGAAAAGAAAAAACCAUCAGGCAGAAGUGACCCCAUUCCGGUUAAGAUGACUAAACGCUAUUAUCAAGCUAUUAAAGAUGCUGCCAAAGCUGAACAAAAAGCCAAAGCGGACGCGGCAGAAGCUAAGAGGAAGGGCCCCGAUAUGUUAAAAUAUUUGAUUAAAACUGGCACUAUUCCUAAGCCCUGGAACCCGAAUGAUUUUGCCUAGAUUUUACACUAUUAUUUACUCAACCCAACACAAUUUUAAACAUUUGAAAAUAAAGAUUUGUUUGCCACUAA